GUGCACCUGCGCAAUAGCGUGGAGGCGCCGUUUGAGCGGAGGCGCGCGGCGCUGGGCGGCGAGUGUCGGAGUCCGAAGCGGGAUGUGGCGGGGCCGGGCUGGGGCGCUGCCGGCGGCCAUCGGGGCGCUGUGCCGGGCUCUGCCGCCGGGGAGCCGGCCCGCCCCGGAGACCUUCCGCCUCGCCAAGUUCGACCGGCCCGAGGCGAGUUUGCAGAUUUGGAGGCUGCUGUAUUCUCUUCUAAAGCAAAUCCAUGACGGAGGAUGGACUGACCCUGAUACCAUAGGCACCCAAAUUAGGUUUGUAAAGUCAGUGUUAUGGUACUAUGGCUAUGGCAGGCCAGAAUUCUAUCAGCUCCCCUCCGAUGGCUCACAGGGGAGCAGAGAGUUGCUGCUGGCAUUUUCCUGGCUCCUAAACAGAAUCAGCCUGCUGGAGCGGCUACUGACUGUGAAUAGAGUGAAAAUCGGGGAUGAAGCCUCUGUGUGCACGUGUGAAGAUAAUAACUCUAACAGCUGGAAGGACAGGACCGAAAUAGCACUCGAACCUUGUUUGAAAAGAGAAGUAGAUGUCAGAUAUCUCCAGUGGUUAACUGGCAGGCUGCAGUUCCAGUGGCGGAGUUUGCAUGUUGACCAUCAGGAGCAAUGUAAACUCUUGCAUAAGAUUCAUUCUUACACUAGUGGCUGUCAUAUGGACCAGACCAUCGGUCAUUUCUCCGUCACAGAAACCGAUCUCAUUAGACAACCAGAUAGCUACAAACAGUUGUUGCAGUUACUGGAGUCUGAAACCUCUCAAUUAGAAGCCUUUCUGGAAUGGAAACGACUGGAACCAGUUUAUUGGCACUGGAUGGAAACUGUAUUAGAUACCCUUGACGAAGAUGGAAAUACAUUCAAGUCAGAAGAUGUUUGUAAAGAGAAAAACACUUUGCCAAAUACUAACUUGUGUUGCCACAGUGCUAGCAAUAUUAUUGGAGAAAUUGACAAAUUGACCAAAGAUCUAGUGACUCUACGUGAUGGACUGCAUGAGCUAGUAACUUGCAAGAAGUCAGCAUGGUAUGAAAAGGUCAAAUCAAGAGAAAGAACACUUCCAGAUGAAAGGGAGUUUUGUGUUGCUGUCAGGACAAUAACAGAAGCUGUCAAGCUAAAACUAUCAGAUCUUAAAUGCCAUUGUGCCCAUAAAAAAAAUGGAAUGCAUGGUCUGUACAGGCUGGUAUUUAAAGACAAGCAUUCUGCUAGCAAAACAGGUUUCCUCAGUUCGGUAUUGAAGGAGCCCAUUACAAAUGUUGUUAAUGCCACAGAGGUGAUCAGUGAACUGAAAAUGGAAGAGGCCACUCUGAAGAGGGAGCUGAAGCGGCUACAGGAAGAGUGCAGACACAAGCUAGAUGAGAUUGCGGACGGGCUGGUUGGAGUGAUUUGUAUCCCACCUAUGAAGAGAUAAGUUCUCAUCAAGAAAGGACAAGGGCAUAGAGCUGUUUGAUCAGAAGACAUAUUAUAAACCGUUGCCUGAGAGUGGGUAAAAUGAAGAUCUGAAUGUGGUUAAUUCUCAGCCUUGAAAACACAAUUUGUCACUUCUUUAUAAUAUGCAUUGGGGCCAGAACACUGCACCCUUAAUGGUUCUAUCUGCUGCCCCUUAUUACUUACCUUACCAAUUAAAUUCUGCAGCAGUUGUUAGAGGGGGGUGGGGUGUUUUUAAAUCUCUCCUUCAUCUAGCUUUCUGAUGCUCCUGCCAGGCACAGGCUCACUUUCAGAACUCUCUGUUCCUAGACUCACAGUAUUUGCAGGUCUGCAGACUGAAAUACUAAUUACAUUCAGCAUUUAUCAGCAAGUGAGAGUAUUUAUGACUAAUUAAAAAACAGGAACUGAGCAGAGAUGAGUAUGGCCUUCGAUGCUGAAAGGUAUGCAAAGCACCAAGAAUGAAAUGUGCAGGAAAGGCUGCUGUUUAGUUCAGCUAGUUCCAUAUUGUGUGGCAGGGCACAGAAUACAUACAGUUAUCACAAAACAGAUACAAAAUGCUUAGUAGCAAAUAAAAGUGACAUCACAGGCAUAAUGCACUUCAAAUGAUCAGAUUCUCUAGGGAAACACCCAUUUUUAUUAAACUAUGUAUUCAGUUAUGAAGCACAGUAAUAUCAUUUCUAUAUUCACUAGAGAAUGCUUCUGCAAAAUAGAAAUAAGGCCUUAAAUUCCAGGCUUUAAGAAACCCCAUAGUCUGCCUCUGGAGACUUCCCCCCAGAAUGUAAAGCCUUUCAUUUGGCAUUAGCUUUUCAUCGCUUUCUGCUUGCUUUCAGUAAGAAACUGCUUUUAUUCUUGUGAUUUUCCUUCAGAAAUAAAAACACAAUUUGCUUUUCAUUUGUGAAUUGCAAUGAGCAGCAGGAUUACCUUGGUUUGGACUUCUGUCCAUUACUCCCAGCUCUUCUGUUUGGGUGAUUAACAGUUGCCUGUGACUCAAGAACCAAAAGUAAAAGUGCAUUU